AUGGAGGAAACUGGCGAUUCCCUAUCCGGGGAGUCAUUUGACUGGUGCUCGCAGCAGACUCAAACCGGGGCAUACGGCUCCCUUACCGCAGGAGCCACUGCGAACCUGCCAUUCACAUCAAACCUCACGCAUUACCUGAGCCAAGAUCAAAACUUUGAGCGUGUCCCUCUGGGACUGCCGACCACUCGCCCGGCCGGAAGCAGCUACACGGGUCAAAGUAGUUAUUCCAGCCGGACGUCGACAAGGAGCGGAAACAAUGGAUCGAGGAUCUGA